AGGGAAGUCCUGUAUAUUUUUUUCCCAAAGCCAAUUCGUGCACAUAUUUUAUUAAAUCGUAGGCAAGAGUUUUCACCACCAUAAGAUAAUUACCAUGUCCCUUCUCUUAAAAAAAUUCUGCGCACAUGUUAUCCUUUUCCACAGCGAGAGCGAUGCUUUGGAAUCAACUCUCAGCGAGGAUUUCGAAGAGUACAUCUUGCUGGACGAGGCCAGCAUCGAAGCCUGCGAUACUCGCUGGAGGGAGAUGAGAGAAGAUUGUGGUGGUUUGAAAGACGAACGACACAGGCGUCCAGCCGAAGCGACAGAUUCAGCGUGGAAAGAAACUGGCAAUUCUCUCGCGGGCGGUGGAAAUGGGGGUUGCACAAAUGCAUCGGACUCGCCCAGCAAGGCAGAGGUAAAGAUGAGCCACGGUGCCUUGAUGGUUACUGCUCGGCGCAAGGAGGCAGGUACGAGGACCCACAAGAAAUGCCAAAGUCGCUGCCCCAGAGAAAGAUGUACAGGGAACGACGACGUGGAGGUGUCUGAUUGUGGAGAUGAAGACAGUGGAAAGAUAACGGCAGAUACCGUAGAUAACGAUAUAAAAAGGGCACCAUCUGAGACCUGCCAGAUAUACACACCUGCUCCAGGAAUAAAAGUUCGCCUGAUUCAAGUUCAACCGGCUAACCAGCUAACCGCCAAUCAGCUUCCGAUCAUCAGACCUUCCAAUCCAGUCAGGAGCCCCCAAAGUACCAACUCAACAUCUCAGGUAUCGGAGACGCCAAUCACUCACCGGUCGGCUGACGAUGGACAGCCUCAGGGCGCGUUAGGGAAAACAGCUAGCCCCACGGGGGAAGAAUUGCAGGGGAAUCUGCCAAAACCAAAGACGUUUACCACGAAGCACAUCAAUCCGAAUCUCGGUAUCCUGAGCUCACGAGCGCUGAAGAGGAGAGUGAACCCACCCAAACGUCAGAAAGACCUCCCUACAAGAAGCCAGGAACCCUCUUCACAGGAGAACUGUGGGAAGACAGAGAACACGCUGGUGAAGAAAGAGGUGUCUCCUGCCGAGAGGGAUGAAGAGUCAAGGAGGAGACAACUGAAUGCUUCGAUUAUUGCCAAGAUCCAAGAAGAAUCAUGUGGGACAGACAGACACGCCGCGGUGGAGCCUGGUCGACCUGCGGAUGGCGCUGUCCACAAACACACCGCAGUAACAGCAACUCCUGCCCAGCCUACCUCACUGAGGUCAGCAGCACCGGCCGAGCUGGUGACGCUACCCCCGACCGUCCUAGAGGCUCUAACCCUCGAGCAGGAGAAGGGACGACAGCUGCUGGAAAAAACUCGGCAGCAGAGCAAGAUGAUGAUGAACUGUCUGAUGAGACAGCGCGAACUCAGGAAAGUUGACGACAGUGCAAAUCAUUCAAGACCACACCCAGGGUCUGACUCGGCCGUCGGCAACUCACAACAGCCGUCGGAUAUAAUGGCCUGUGCCGACAGGAUGGUUGCCACCAACGACAUGUUCAGGGAGAACAUUCAAAACCAGAUGAUCGCCAGCCACAACGCCUGGAUGAUGCUCAAACGAAGAAAGGGAAUGUUCUUCGCUGCAAAACGUAAACAAGACCACGAAGGAGGCAGUCUUCAGGACGAGAAGACAGCCAACCAAAGAUGCAAGGGAGUCCCAUCCGACCAACCACGUGUCAUCAGUAACUCACCAGGACAGGGCACUGAUGACCUAGUUUUAUACAAGGGUAAACUCCUGAAGUUAUGCUGGCCACAUCCCAAGGAUACCAUCUUGGCCACCAAGACAAGAGAGGCCAAGGAACUUCCUGAAAGGAGUAACAAGAAGAGGAAGAAGAAUUCUAUUCAUCCGGUUGCUGCGACGCUGCAACCCUUUUCUUCAUGCCAACCAUCCGAGGAUGAACUUGAUUACAUGUACAGGGCACAACUGCAGCUAGCUGAUGUGAACUCAGGGACUUGCCAGAAGACUCCCGCGCCGAACUCCAAUUUAUGGGGAGUUGAGCUCAUACCUAGCGGCACUGUUUUUGCGGACGAAUUCCAGGCAGAUGCUUCGAAACCGCCCCCCUCUAACCCUCUAGUGUGGGCCUAUGAGACGCUCCAAGACCCGAAGAGAAGGCGAAGACCUCGGCUGAAGAAUCUACAGAGGGUGGUAGACGCCAGUAAACACAGGACAACAGUACAGAAGAUCAAGUCCACGAGGCCGGGACCAGACGAAGUGAUCUACGUCAGCGAAGAGGAAUUUUAAACAAAAGGACCACAAUUCCAUGUUUGCAUAAACGAUAGUCUUCUUAAGCAUAACAAUCUGUUGCCGAUUAGGCAAUUUUUAUCGAUUUCCAAAAUCCCAGUGGUUUCUAAAGAUCUUAUGAAACAACAUCGGGGAACACAAAACUUCAAAAUUCCCACCAAAAGACAAAGAGGUUGGAUGUUUUCAAUUGUCCUGCUGGUUGGUCGAUGCGCAACUAUGUGAAAGCAAGACAUUUGAGGGACUAGUAUUCCAAGUCUAGUUGAUCAUGUAGCCCUUUAUGCAAAUGGGUCAUUGGUUUGCCUGAAGAAUUUCGAAAGCACAGGCCUGUGGGGAAAUUUAAUUAGAAAUUGUGACGAACUCUUUAAUAACUCAUCCCUGUUUGAAAAUUACAAUUUCCUCACACUAAAUCUGGAGAAGUAUUUGAAACUAAUCUUUUGUUUAAAAUGUUUAUUUCAAAUUACUGUGUCAAACAGAAUUCUUGAGCCGUUUCAUAAACAGUUCAAAAAUGUGAUAAAAAUAAAGAAAAAUAAAUACUUCAAGAAAAGCAGGGGAAAAAGAAAUCUUAAAGUUUACAGCUCAAGAAAGUACAUUUGCAAUGUACACGAGCACUGUGAUUCAACUUCAUGCGGUUAUUCCACCUGGAAAACUGAAAAAUUCUCAAAAUAACUUUUCAAUGUAAACUUGUUUUACAAACUUUUGAGUUUUGAAUGCAUUAACUUGGACAAGAAAGGAAAUUCUGCAGGUUUCUUUAAACAUUAAUUGACCUGUCUUUUAUCUUUUAUACAAUUUUCAAAAAGGCAGUUAAAAAUGACUGUUCUAAGAACAAUGCACAACCCUCAAGUAAAAUAAAAACCAUGUUUAUAAUACUACACAUUCUCAUACUUUUCUAUCUAUUCUUUAAAGUUAUUCACAAAUAACUGACUCCAUGUAAUAAUGCAUUGUUACCUACUUAAAAAGAAAUAAAACAUAGUUUAAAAAGCACCUCUAUGUAAAACAUGUUUUCUCUGAUUUUUAUCAGUUCAAAUAAAUAUGGAAGCAUCCAAAUCGAAAGCAG